AUGGAUAAAAAGAUAGUGCGCAAAGGGCCGCUGCCUGGGGGUCGCCGGGGCGCGUCUGGAGCUGGCGCUGGACGCGGCAGCAUGCGGGCCGCCAGCCGAGCGCGAGGAGCUGCACGGUCAUCUACCAGCCCUCCGCAUCCAUCAUCCCCACCAGAAGGCUUGGUGUCGGCUGGGUCUUCUCGGACUCAGCAAGCGGCACCCGCCGCUGGUGGAGCACGUCGCAUGCGUUGGUCACAAGAAAUGAAUGCAAACGCACUGCGGGCGUACUUUAGGGCAAAAGGGGAAGAAACUGGAUGUUUGGCGUAUCGGGCUAGGAUGCAUCGUCUUUUUGCUGAGCUGGAGCCAUCUUUAAUCGUCACAGAGCAAAACCUGGCAGACCGAGUUCGGUAUAUCUUGCGCUCAAAUAUAUUUGAUGUCGCCGAACUCGAACGGCUACGACGUGAGGCUGUUCCCUCGUCGGAUGAGAAUGCUACGGCUGAGGAUGCGGCGCCACAAAUGGUAGAGCAACCCGCAAACGUGGAUGCCGCCGUGAAUACCCCAGUUGUGGUUGAUUCAAACGAUGAUGGAACAGUCGCCCAGGAACUGGAAUUAGAGCAUAUGAGGAGUAUAUUGGAAGAGGCGAUUGUGGAAACGCGCAGUACGCCUCUCGAAAAUCGACCGCGACUUCCCCGCAUAGCCCUAAGCAAGCGGAAUCGGGCUGUCGUGAGGGCUCUGAACCCAAUGCUGGUUACCUAUUUGGAAGCCAGCCGGGACCUUUGCGAGACGGACUCAAUUCUUUUUGGCGCCGCGCUGGCAGUCUGCCGUAUCAUAGGCGCCAAGGUUUCCACGGCUGGACGCGCUACUGGCCAUAGUAGCGCUAUCCCAGCAUGGAGAAGAAGAAUUGAGGAACGUAUCGCAAAGGCUAGAGCUCUCAUCGGCAGACUAAUAUGCUUCAGAUCAGGCAACAACAGGCCAAGAAUUGUGCGCACCGUCAGGAUGGCGUUUGCUGGGACAAAUGUCAGUUUGUCCCAGCCGGAUAUAACGCAAAAACUGACGGAGCGCAUAGAUGAUCUGAAGCAGAGAAUCGCUGCUUGGGGAAAGCGGAUUCGGCGAUAUACCGAGAGGUCGACACGGUUCAACCAGAAUCGUCUCUUCCAGAGUGAUCAGAAGAGGCUCUAUGAAUCAUUGGAGCGACCAAUGGUAAGUGGAACGGGUCCAGCACCGAAUCAGGCCGACACUGUAGCAUUCUGGCGCGGCCUGUGGUCAGAGCCCGUAAACCACAGCGAGGGCCCUUGGACGGAAGUUGUGGCGAGUCAGUGUGCGGGUAUUACGCCCAUGGACCCCGUCAUCAUAACGCCGGAUGACGUAGCUGAGGCGGUUCGUAGGGCCCCGAACUGGAAAAGUCCGGGGCUUGACGGGCUGCAUCACUACUGGCUGAAGGGGUUCAUGGUGUGUCACUCUGUGCUCGCCCGACAGUUUCAAGAGGCUCUCAACCAGAAGUCGCUCCCAAGCCUCUUCACUACUGGGAUCACUCAUUUAGUUCCUAAAGACCAGGGACAUUCCAUAGCCAAACGGGAUACAAUACUACGGAACGCUGUUGGCCCUCAUAUCAGACUUGCCACUGCAUUAACAAAAUGGCGCGAAAUUGACGCGGGACAUGUGCGCUCGCUCUCGGAGUGGGAAUAUGCAACAUGUCAUGGUUGCAGGCCAUAUUGCGUGUCACUGUGCAACGUUGCAGCGUCACGUAAAUUGAGUGUUCCGCAUCAUGUUGCGGUACAAAAUGUCCCCUAG